UCAGUGCAGCUUGUAAUUGUGAAAUUACUGUACUUCCUCUUUAACUGCUGUUUUAACAUUUCUUCAUUUCUCAUUCUGAUUAUUAUUCUAUUAAUAUAAUAUUUGAUCUCUUACAAAUGCUAUCUGUAUCAACCUUUUCUUCUCCUUUUAAUUCUUUUGGAAUCUCAUUUCAAUCAUCUAAUCAUCUUCUAAUCAUCAGUAACUAUGGGAACUGCUGAGAUAAACUUUGUUUACGGCAAGUAAUAUUUUCCCUGCCAAGCCAAACAUACCAAACAUAUUUGUAGAUGAUGAGGAAUUGAACCAACAUGCUGAAAAAUUGUAAGACAAUUCCUACUUUUUGAGAUUUCUUGUACAAAUGAACAGAAGAGCAGAACAACAAGCAUCUACUUCUGCAGCUGAAAAAGAAAGAUUUGCUAAUUACUGGAGCAACAAUGGAUUGCUGUCAGGUAGCAAAAGAGAGGAAGGGGGAUGUUUGUUCUCUAUGAGAAGCGUUUUAACACUUCUCCCUUUUAGUCAGUUUUUGGGCACCUGACAAUCACUGGUCAUCUUGCAUCCUGGUAAUCAUUAUAGACUCAUUCCAGGUUGGAAGGAACCUCAAGGAUCAUCUAGUUCAAUCUUUGCUGGCAAAAGCACAGUCUGGAUGAGAUGGCCCAUCACUCUGUCCAGCUGAAUCUUAAGUGUCCAAUGUUGGGGAAUCCACCACUUCCCACAUAAUGGAGAGAUUAUUCCAAUGGCUGAUUAUUCUCAUUUUCCUCUUGUGUUCAGUUGGAAUCUUCCCAGGUGUAACUUGUACACAUCACUCCUCACUUUUCCAUAAGACUCCUUAUGCACAGGGAAUCUCCAGUUUCUUAGUAACCAACCUUUAAAUAUAGGAACAUGGUGAUAAGGUGGACCUAAGCUGCUUUUCUCCAAGCUGGAUAAAUCCAGUUUUCUCAGCCUUUCCUCACAUGACAGGCUACCCAGUAAUUUGGCCAUCUUUGUUGCCCUUUACUACACCUUCUCCACUCUGUCCACAUCUUUCCUGUAUAGCAGGAACCACAACUGAACACAAUAUUCCAGGUGUGGCCUGACCAGAACUGAGUAGAGUGGGAUAGUUUAUCUCUCCUGGUGUUGAUGCAGCCAAGUCUUGUAUUGACUUUCUUUGCUGCAGUAGCAAACUGUUCAUUCAGACUGAGCUGAGCUGCUUGUGCACCAGGACCCCCAGGUUCCUUUCCAUAGAGCUGCUCCCUAGCCAGGUAAAUCCCCAGCCUGUGCUGCUCUCCUGGAUUAUGUUUUUCCAUGUGCAGGACUUUAUAUUUGCCCUUAUUGGCCUUCAUAAGAUUCUUGUUAGCCUAGUUUUUCAGCCUCUCCAGGUCUUCCUGCAAGGUGGCUCUCCCUUCCAAAGUGUCCACUGGCUCACUCAAUUUGGUGUCACUGACAAACUUCAUCCAGGUACACUUGAUGCCAUAAUCCAAACCACUGAUGAAGAUACUAGGCAGCGUUGAGCCCAGUGUUGUUCCCUGAGGGACUCCACUUGUGACAGGUGCCAGGGUGAAAGGGAGCAAUUUACCAGAACCCUCCAGGUAUGGGCAGUCAGCCCAUUCUCCACCCACCACAUGGAUCACACAUCCACACCAUCACACACACAUUUCUGUAGGUGGAGGCCGUGGGAAAUCAUAUCAAAAGCCUUGGAGAUAUCCAGGUAGACAAUAUUCACCGCUGGCCCCACAUCAACCAAGCAGGUUCAUCUGUUGUAAGAGACAAUCAGGUUUGUCAAGCAUGAUUUGUACUUGGUCAGUCUGUGCUGGCGUUUCCUAAUCAUGGGCUUCUCCUUGUAACAGCCAGGAAAAUUUGUUCCAUAGGUUUCCCAGGGACUGGAGUGAGAUGGAUGGGCCUAUAAUUUUCUGGAUCCUCUCUGAAGUCCUUUGUUUAGAUAGGAGUGACAUUAGCCUUCUUUUAGUCUUCUUGGAUGUCCCCCAAAUUCCACAACUCGAAGAUUAUGGAGAGUGACCUAGCAGCUAUAUCAGCCAGCUUUGUUUGGUUGGAUACUGUCAGAGCGCAUCAAUGUGUAGAGGCCAAGCUCCUGUAAUAGUUCACACACAAACCCUUCCUUCACAGGUAGUGGGUCUGUGUCUGCAUCAGCUAGGAUUUUUUCCCCAAGGCCUGGUGCUGGUGAAAUGACAUGGGUGAAGGAAUUGUUGAGUACCUCUGCCUUUUCACCCUUGCUGGUGAUUCAUUAAUCCUUCCUGUUAAACAGCAGGCAAAUACUUUCCUUUUGUCUCUGCUUGUUUACAUACCUGUCCUGGUUUCAGCUGGCAUAGAAUUUAUUUUCUUCCUAGUAGCUGGCAGAGUGUCAUGUUUUAAAUUGGUAUGAGAAUAAUGUUGAUUACACCCUAAUGUUUUAGUUCUUUCUAAGUUGUGUUUGCCCUACAUCAAAAACUUUUCAGUGUCCCAUACUCUGCCAGUGAGAAGGUCCACAAGAAGUGAGAGAGCAUGGCCAGGACAGCUGACCCCAGCUGGUCAAAGGGAUAUUCCAUACCACAGAAGGCCCUGCUCAGUACAUGAACUGGGGAGGAGGAGAGGGGCAGCUGGGAGGGACCUCUUGCUGCUUGGGGGUGGACUGAGGUCAGUGGGUGGUAACCAGUUGUUUUGUGUAAUUCCUUGUAUUUCUUGGCUUUUGUUCUCUCUUCUUUUCCCAUUUUCAUUUUACUUUAUUUGAUUUCAAUCAUUAAACUUUUCCAAUCUCAGCCCAUGGGCUUUAUCUUUGUUCUGAUACUGCUCUCUGUUCCAUUGGGGUGGGUGUAUGCAAGAUACUUCGCUAUGGUCUAAGCCAUCAUAGUACCUGAAGAACACUUUCUUGUAGUUUUUGACAUUUCUGACAAAUUUCCAUUUGACCUGAGGUUUUGCUGUUCUAACUGCAUCUCUGCACACACUCUUGCAAUGCCCUUGUGCUCACUUGGAUGUUAUCCUGAGCCCAGAAGAAGGUUCACAGAGAACUGGACAAGAUAUUUGGUAAGUUUUCCAUUCCUUCUUUAUCAAAAUUGAAGAAAUUGAGAUAGGAAUGCACUGUGUGGCCAUUAUAGGGUUUUAAGUAGCUAGAGGUAGCUGGGAUGGGUGCUGGAGUAUCUGCAGGAGAGAGUACUGAGAAGGUUCCCCUUCUAAAAGGGAAAGGGUAAGGUUUCUCUCUCUCUCUCUUUUUUUUUAUCCUUCUGGUAAAGCAAUUAUAGGCAGCCACCUAUUUGCUGUUGUUUUGAUCCUUCUUCCUUUCUCUUUUUUUCUUAGGAGGAUAUCACGUAUUGAAUGGCACGAAUAUUCCUGCUAUAACUUGUAGCCUACUGGGAUUUUCCCUGACCUGGAGGAAUUUAGUUCUGAGCGGUUCUUCUCUGAAUAUUUUAAGGAAAAGCACCUGUAUGGUUUCCAAAUAUUUAAUGUUGUUGAUACUUUGUAUGUAUACAUCACUUCGUAACAGACAUUUCUGGUCUCGUUAGGGGGUGAUGUGAAGGACAUUUCACUCCUAUUUUCCCUUUCAGUCUUGUAAUUGUUUCAUGGUAGGCUUUUCAGCUGAGUGUAGGUGUCAUGGUGUCAGUAGCAGGGCUGCUGCUGGCGUGGCCUCUGAAAAAAUGCUAGAGAGUAGAACACAGUUCCUGCUGGCUCCACUCUGGCUCCACUGCAGGACAUAGCUGAGCUCAGUGGCACUUUAGAGAAAAAAUAUUUACAAGUGUUCAAAAAAAUGGUAAACAGAGGAGUGUGGGAAGGGAAAAGAGAGGAAAACAGCAGUGCAAACACCAAGGUUGUUGAAGGAGGAGGAGGCAGUGCUCCAGGCUCCAGAGCAGAGAUUCCUCAGCAGCAUGUGGAGAAAACAUGCUGAAGCAGGAGAAAAGAAUGAGGAGGGAGCAGCAGAGAGGAACUCUUGUCUUUGUUUCUAACUUUGUCAUUAUGUGUUUUAUUUGUCUAUAAAUUAAAUUGAAUUUCUGAAGUUGGGUCUGUUUUGUCCAUGAUGGUAACCAAUAACCAAUCUUCCAGUCUAUUUUGGGUCCUGUUGAGGGAAGGGAAUGAAUGGGUGAGUGUCUGACUGCUGGCUGAGGCUAACCCACCAUAGCCUCUAAGAGUCUGUAUAGCUAUGACUGUGUUAUGUGCAGGCAUAUCAAAUGUGGACAAAAACUUCCUAGUGCAAAUACUGAUACCAAAUCUUCCAUGCUGCAAAAAUGCAGGAAGCAGAUUUGUAGUGCUGUGCUUCUGUGGCCCUCAAGUUUUUCCCUGGUCUUAAACUGUCUGUUUAUUCAUUCUUCAUGACCUCUGGCUCACUUCAUGUAGUGUGUUGCAUGCUGCUAAAUGCUUUCUUUAAACUUUCUGGAGUUUAGCAAGGAGGAGGCCCUGUUCAAUCUAGCUAAAUCACAGAGAAGUGGGUGGAAUCUUCACUUGUGACCUUGGACAAGUUGUGAUCAUCCAGCUUGGGAGUGUCCUCUUUCCUUGACACUUUGAUGACUAGAUAUAGGUGUGGUGCUUUGGUAGCUACUUAGUGUUGUCUGUUAGUUAUGCCAACAUCACUGACACCUUAUCAGAAUUGCUUUGCAGCAAUAGUCUGUGUUCUGGGGCAUGAGUAGUGGUCUCCGUUAUUGUAAGUCAUGUUGUUAUCCUGGUAGGGAAGAUUAUGGUUUCUUAGGAGGCAGGCUUUUGUAUUCUGUUGGAGAUAAUUCAUUCAUGCAAGAUACCCUGUAGUGAAGGAUCCCUGGUGAUGGUUACGGAACAAAGCAGUUGCUGCUGUACAGUGAACACUAGGUUGCAGAAACCAAGCAAGGUAUGCUUGAUGGAGGUGGCAUCAAACCAAUGGAUCUGUCUCUGAAAAACAGUUGUGAUCUCUGUCUCACAAAUGCUGUUGAUCUCCUUUACCUGUGUGUGAAAGAGUCCACAGAAGAAUUUGAAGCUGGAGUCUUCCUCAGGAUUUGUUCUUGAAAGCCUAGAUUUUUUUGCAUGAAUCUAUAGUAGCCUAGUUUGGGCAUGAAAUUUAGUAUCAAGCCCUAAAAUUCCUCUCUGAGGACUGGGGAGAUCUUCUGUCAGAACAGGUAAAUAUGUUUCCACUUAGGCAAGAGGCUGAAUAAGAGCAGGUUUGUGCUGUAACAAGCAUUUAUAAAAGCAAAGAUUCAUUAGCCAGUGGAGCGGUCCACUGAAAAUCCAGUACUGAACAAAUAGCUCUCUGAGUAAAAAGGAAAUGCUGAUCACAAUCUGGCAGAAAACUCAUUUCCUACAGAACAUCCUUUAAAUUUUGUUAUGAUUCCAAUUCUUGGUAAUGUAAUUAGGCCUCAAAGGUGCUAGACCUCUCAUUUCUUGUUUCUUGAGUAUAUAUCUUAUGUAUGUCUCAUUCCAGUGUUUCUGCUGCCUUUUAUCAACAUCAUCACCAUUGCCAGCUGCUGGUAGGAUGUUGCAGUGUUUGCUAUGCAGUAUUCCCUCCCGCUUUCCCAAUGCCUUUCCACCUUCUCCUUGCUGUUUAACAAGUUUUUUUUAGUUUUCAGUGUUUGUUUUUUUUUUUCCUGUAGAAGGAAUAAUCAGCAGUUAGAAGUAAAGGUUUUUUACUCAGAAGCACAAAUAGUCACUUCAUCUAAUUAUUGGUCCAAUGAGGGCAACAAACUUCAAAACUUUUUGCAAGCAUGAGAGUAUAAGUAUACAACUCUUCUCCAUGUUAAAAAGACAAAAGGUGAGUCUCUUCAUCCUGUGUACUUGCUUCCUUCCUCAAAAGUCACCUGAACAAAGGAGGGGACUUGAUGAUUAUGUAACUUGCCUAUGUGUUUGCAAGACUGGGUAUAUAUCUCCUGCUGUCACAAACCAUUGCAAACAUACAGUGGCAAGAGUAGCAAAGUUCAUUUCCAGCUGUUUACUGUGCAGAAAAUAUAAUAGUCAGCAUUUGUGAUAAAGUCUCUGCUGGGUGAUUGCAAGAACAAAAUGCCAAAAUUUACCCCCCCACUUAUGCCAAGGGUCACAGAAAACUUACUUAACUUCUGAUGUUCUGAGCUUUCUGUUUGUUUUUUAUCUUAGUUGUUUUGUUUAUGCUGUUUGUUGAUUUGCCAAAAAUGCUUGUGCAAUCAUUUUUGGUACAAAGCAAAGAGGAUAACAUAAAUAACAUUUGUGCUUUAUUUGAGUGGUGAAGUUUUGUGAAUUUGCUGUGAGCCAUGCUGCCUCUACCAAAAUUCUGUUUGACCAAAAGGUUUCUGAGCACCCACUUUUAGAAACAGAUGCUCAGUAGUCCUGCAGCAGUGAGAAGAGGCCCUGGAUCCUCCUGAGGCAGGAGGGGCAGCAGUGCAUUUGGUGGGCUUGGUGCUGUGUCUACCCUACUGUGUUACUGCUUUGCAAGUUGGGGCACAGGUGCGGGUGCUGCCUGUUGUUUUACUGGCACCCUGUGCCUGAGCAUUUCAACAGCGAGAGAUCAUUAAAGGCCAUUUGAGCUGAGAAGCAUCAGUGUGCUUUGCAGUGCUGCUGUUGAUCAGGGGUCUUUAUGGGCUUUGGUUUUCAUAACCCCUUGCACCAUCAACCCAGCUGGAAAAAUUAUUCUUCAUCUGGCCCUUUGGUCAUCGUGUUGGACAGCACUGCAGCAGCUCUCUAUGGACAAAUGGUGUUGAGCACCUGAGAACAGAUUGACAAAGAUGAUGUAUUGCAUUUUAUUUCUUUUUGCUAGGGUCAGGAUUAAAUGUGCAAGACGGGAUGAAAUCUGUGAGACAAUUUCUUGUUUGGACUUAGAUAUUUAUUAAUUUUUAUUUAUAUUACAUUUUUAUAAACUAUGAAUUCUACAGUAUCUUAAGCUAACAAGGUAAAAAUGGAGAUGUAUUUCUUUUUCUGCAAGGUCUUUUAAGGGUUAACUAUUUAAUUAAGAAAUGAUACCUAAAUUAUUUUUAUUUUUAACCUAAUAACCAACCACUUGUGGCCUGCAAUGUGGACUUUUCUAUCUAAUCAAACAAAAAUACUUAGACCCAUGAAGAAGAAAGUGAAGAAGACAAACUUCUGGCUGAAAACUUCUGUUUUGUUUUACACUUAUUAUUAUAUUCUAAUACUUUAAAUUUUCCAUGUGAUAUUACACACUUCAAUUCAAACUAUAAUCUCAUAAUCUUAGUUUUAUCAUUUAAUUUUCGAAGCCUUCUCUAUGGUCUUUGGUCAAAAGUUGUGUUUUUUUGGAGUCAGUGCCUGUCAGCACAGAAAGGCUAAAAUUCUCAGUUUUAGGGUUCUAACAAUGAUAUUGAGAAAACUCAUCUGUCCCAAAUCAGCAAAAAGGUUUUUUCUUGAUGGUGCUUUGUUUUUUUCCUGCUGAGGUAUUGCAUGGGCCUGCAAAGAAGGCCCUCACUUGGAGGACAGGAAAGUAGUUCCUCACUGUUCCCUCUGACUUCCUGCCGCUAGGAAAUGCUAGCAGCCAGUCCUCUCCAUAUUAGUUUUUUUUAAACUCUGAUUAUUUUCCUGGCAAGAAGCUACGCCAGUGGCCUUUGCGGUAGCUCCGCCUCCUGCUCUUCUAGCCAACUUUUCUGCCCACUUAGCUUACUGCAGCUGCAGUGCCGGGUACAGGCAGCACCAGUUUCACAGCAGGGAUCUAUGCUCAGAGCUGGAGGCUGAGAGGUCAUGAUGGAGCUCGUGGAAGCAUUCUCAGGGCGAUCACAGCUGCUGCCCUGGGGAGCUGGGGUCGUUGCUCUGCUUUUGACAAUUGUGACUGUGUGGUCCCUGCCCUCGCUGAUGGAGUACUGGAGGCGAUGGCGGAUGAUGAAGUCCAUCCCGGGUAUCAGCCCCUGCUAUCCUGUGCUGGGAAAUGCCCCACUCUUGGAGCGCAACGGAGAAGAUUUUUUUAAACAGCUACAGCAUUAUGCUGAAGAGUUCAGAAGCUGGCCAUUGUUCAAACUUUGGAUAGGACCAUUGCCUGUCAUGGUUUUAUAUCACCCUGACAGUGUGGAGGUUAUCCUGAACAGUUCAAAACAUAUAGAAAAAUCAUACCUGUACAAAUUCCUGCAUCCAUGGCUGGGCACUGGACUUCUGACAAGCACUGGAGAUAAGUGGCGGUCACGGAGGAAGAUGAUAACUCCCACAUUCCACUUCGCAAUCUUGAAUGACUUUCUAGAGGUUAUGAAUGAACAAGGAAAUAUUUUGGUGAAUAAACUUGAGAAGCAUGUUGACAAGGAGCCAUUUAAUGUGUUUAUGGACAUCACUCUGUGUGCCCUUGAUAUAAUUUGUGAAACAGCGAUGGGCAGAAAUGUGGGUGCCCAGAAGAAUAAGGAUUCUGACUAUGUUACUGCUAUCUACAGGAUGGGUGAUCUAAUCCAACGGCGACAGAUGAGCCCUUGGCUUUGGCCUGAUUUUUUAUACAAAUUGUUUAAAGAAGGAAGAGAGCACGAGAGGAACCUCAACAUCCUUCACAAUUUUACAGAUACAGUCAUUGCAGAAAAAGCUGAAGAACUUAAAAACACCAAACAAACGAAACAUGAUAAUGAUGCCAACUGUGAAGAAAGUGGUUCCAAAAAGAGAAAAGCAUUCCUGGACAUGCUGCUGAAUGCAACAGAUGAUGAAGGGAAUAAAUUGAGCUACAGGGACAUUCGUGAGGAAGUGGAUACUUUUAUGUUUGAGGGCCAUGACACAACAGCAGCUGCUAUGAACUGGGUCUUGUACUUGCUUGGACAUAACCCGGAAGUUCAGAAGAAGGUUCAAAGGGAAUUGGACGAGGUGUUUGACAAUACUGAACGUUCUGUUACAAUGGACGAUUUGAAGAAUCUUCGAUACCUUGAAUGUGUUGUGAAAGAAGCUCUUCGCCUCUUCCCUUCAGUUCCCAUGUUUGCCCGUACCUUGAGAGAGGAUUGCUGUAUUAAGGGACAUCAGAUACCAAGAGGUGCAAAUGUCCUUGUUUUAACUUAUGCCCUGCAUAGAGAUCCUGAGAUCUUCCCUGACCCAGAGGAGUUCAGGCCUGAGCGAUUCCUCCCUGAAAAUAGUAAGGGAAGGCACCCAUACGCUUAUGUGCCCUUCUCCGCUGGUCCCAGGAACUGCAUUGGUCAGCGCUUUGCACAAAUCGAGGAGAAAGCUCUUCUAGCCCUCAUCCUGCGGCGCUUUUGGGUGGAAUCAUGUCAAAAGCCAGAAGAGCUUGGUUUAUGUGGAGAAUUGAUUCUUCGUCCAAAUAACGGCGUCUGGGUUAAACUGAGGAGGAGACCAAAGGCUGGAUCAGAAUGAAAGGAAUUUCAAGUGUUUACUUCCAGAAGUUUUCAAUCUAUUUAGGCUGAGACGUAUUUUGAAAUCAAAUAUUUUGGCGUCAACCCAGCAAUUUGUUGAAACUAUUUGUUACUGUUUUGUUAAAAAAGAUGUAGUAAUAGCUCUAGUUGCCCUACUUAUAUAGUGCUUGUGAACUCCAUGUUAAUCUUUGAAAUGCAAGUCUUUAAAACUUAAGUUUUAGUGCCUUAUCUGCUCAGAUGAAGCUAUUCUAUUGGCACAGUGCCACAAAAACUUUAGCUACGGUAAUGACAACAUCUAUGCCUGUGAUGGAGUGAUCAGCUUACAUGCCAUAGCAUUUUCCAAGUAGCUGGAAGUCUCAAGUAUUUUUAAGGUUUUCAGGUUUCUUUGGUUCUGAAAAACCAAAUAAUAUGAUAAUCCUUCUUGGCACAACAUUUUUUUUUGGUGAUGACUGCCUCUGUAAAGAUCAAGCAAAGAUCUCAAUUUCACUCCUCCUUGGUAAACAUUUACAAUAGUUUCUAAGAAGGAAGUGCUCUGAUUUUUUUUUAUUUUUUAAGCGAACUAUACCAAAAACAUUAAUCUGCAUAACCAUAGCAGGAAUGAGACAGUAUGCAAAUUAAACACAGGAUUUCAUAAUGACAGAAGCAAUGUAUUAUUACAAACUUUUACAAUAAACUUCUACUAUGCCUCAA